AUGGAAAAAAGAGGCAUUCAUGGUCCUCCACUUUGCCCUAGAUGUUAUUCUAAAAUUGAAACUUCUACUCAUGCUUUUAUGGAAUGCCCCUUGGUGUCCAGAGUUUGGUUUGGUUCUUCUCUAAACCUUAAAAUUCUUGACCAACGCAUUAAAAAUUUUCCUGAGCGGUUAAUUGACAAAAUUCAACACGCUAAACCAGAAGUUCUCAUCCAGAUUGUAUCUAUUACAUACUAUAUUUGGUAUGCACGCAAUCUCAGCGUCUUUAAAGAUAGAAGCUUACCUGAAGUAGAGAUUAUUCAACGGGCUUACACCAGCAUCUCAGAUUACCGCCAAGCAAAUAGUACAAACUCUAAUGAAGCUGAUCGUGAUGCUCCAAUCUCCCAAUCCAAUAGACGAACUAAAUCAACUAGUUGGAGGAAGCCAGAAACGCACCUUGUGAAGGUAAACACGAUGCAAAUCUUCAAGUUCAAGGCUGGUGGGGUUUAG